AUGGCCAGUUCAAACAAAAACAAAACACUCCCCUUCGCUGUGAAGCUCACACAACUACUCGCCAUUGAUGGUAAGGAAUAUGUUCCUGAACCUCCUUUCGCUGAAGAAAAAGCCAAAAUCUGGCGUUCUCAGGCGAAAUCGACCAAGUGUAACGCUCUCCAUACCAAACAAAUUCAAGCUUUCCAGAAAUAUUUCCGAGUUGUGUAUCGACCUAAUAAUCUUCGUCGGACCAUUUCCGAGGCCGCUGCCGAAUUAAAGGAGAAGGCUACUCCUGAGAACUCUUCUGAUGAUGAUGAGCAACCCGUUUCCCGAGUUUUGAAAAAAUCCAGUUCUUCGUCGACUCCACGGCCGACUCAGCCAUCUCCUCAACAAUCCCACAAAUCCAAAGGCCACCAGGGCCAUAAAAGGAAGAAGCAUGAUUCUCCCUCUAAGGGUGGUGAAGCAAAAAAGAGAAAACAACACAUAGGGCUCACGACUCCCCAACCUGAGGUUGGCGCCGCCCCUAGCACUACCGAGGCUCCUUCUUCUCUAGACGCUAACACCAUUGUGGUCGACACGUCUAUCCUCAAUAUGGUCUCUGAUCCAGCUGUGGGGACUUCAAAACCGACCAACAUCCCUGUUGUUGCUAUCUUGGAGGACAUUGUUCUUCCUACACCGACACAGGCUGAUGCUUCUGGUGAGCAACCUCACCAUGUUGUUGACCAUACUCCCCUAUCGAUGACUUCUUCUCCAUCUCACCAAGAAACCUCUGUCGACAAUGCUGGUGAGUUCACUGACUCCCCUACCCAGACUAGUGAUAGUGAUUCUGGUUCAGUCACUAGCCCUGCCACGCACACGGAUUCCAGUUCGACUAGUUCUGACUCUAGUCUUUCUUCAGCUUCCUUGACUUUGCAGGAUUCAAGGGGACAAGGAAAUGUUGGCAUCACAAAAAUCCAGCCUCCUCAAAUUGCGCCUCUACCAACUACUUCGUCUUCAUCUUCCCAGGCGCUGGCAAUAAAGCCUUCUGCUCUAUAA